AUGAUCGCCAGCACUCAGCAAAACAUGCCCUCUGACAUGAAUGGUGUGGCUUACCAUGGUCCUCCACGUAACUGGAGAGGCAUUGGGAUAGCUUUGAUGGUGAUCCUGAUGAUCAUUUCACUGGUCAUCCUGUCUGUCAUCAUGCUCACUCCUGAUGAUUCUCUUCUUCUCCAGCGCUCCCGUCUUACUCUGGAGGACCUGGACAAAGACAAUUUCAAAGUUCAUGACGCCCAUGUGACCUGGCUCAACGAUGAUGAGGUGGCCUUUCGCACCAGGGAAGGGCACAUCCUGAAACACAGCCUGAGUGAGAACCUCACCAUCGCUCUGCUGGGUGGCAGCAUCCUAGUGUUCUCAAAAUCAUUUUCAGCUUCCUAUGUAAUUUACAGUGUGGGGACAGGGGAAUUUCUUGAGCUAAACCCACACAGAGUGAAGCCAUCUGCUCUUCAAUAUGCCGCAUGGGGUCCCCAUGGAAAUCAUUUGAUCUACAUCUUUCAGAAUAACCUCUACUACCAGCCCGGUGUGUACAGUGGUCCUGUGCGUCUCAGCACUACAGGCAGUGGGUCUGUUAUCAACGGGCUGUCAGACUGGACAUAUGAGGAAGAGAUCCUCCAGACGUACCCUGCCUACUGGUGGUCUGGAGACGGGGUACGGCUGGCGUACCUGUCCAUCAAUAACACACACACACCCUAUGUGGAGAUCCCUCGUUUUACUGGAGGGCCAUACCCCACAGGAGCCUACUAUCCAUACCCUAAGGCAGGAGAUAAUAUCCCUGCAGUUACUCUUUACGUGGUGAACGUCUUCAGCCCUGCUCACACUCUGAGGAUGACUGCUCCAGUCUCACUCAAAAACAGAGGUCAUUACAUCUCCAUGGUGAAAUGGACCAGUGGGACCAGGCUGGCUGUGCGUUGGUUGAACCGGGUCCAGAACCAGUCUGUUCUCUCUGUGUGCGAGGCCACCACCGGAGUCUGCUCACAGGAGGCGCCCCUCUUCUCUAGAGACGGCUCCAUGUUCUAUGUCACUCUGCCUGCGGCACAAUGGGGUCAUGGAGAGUAUCGACACAUAGCUGUCCUCCCUACUCAGCCUUUGACUACCCCAAUGUCUCCACGAUUCCUGACAUCAGGCCACUGGGAUGUGAUGUCACUCUGUGGCCUGGAUGAAGACGCAGAGAAAAUAUACUUCCUCAGCACAGAGGCAUCCAAACACAGCAGACACCUUUACAGUGUGAACCUCUGGGGUUUUUCUCAAAGACACUGUCUUACCUGCACACUCUCAGAGACCUGCCGCUUCUACAAGCCACAGUUCAACCCCAGCCUCACUCGUGUUAUCCUCCACUGCUUGGGCCCUGGCAUCCCCAGAGUGACUGUCCACAGCACCAGAGAACAUUUCAGGUACAAGGUUCUGGAAGACAACAAGCCUCUGUCUGAGGCCCUGAAGGGCAAACGGCUCCCCAUCACACACUACAGCACCAUUACAGCUGACCACUAUGAUAUGCAUCUAAAGCUGGGUCUACCACAGGGGUAUGAAGAAGGCCUACAUCCUCUCCUCAUCAUCAUGGAUGGAGCCCCUGACACUCAGGCAGUCACAGACCGUUUCUCUCUGGGCUGGCCCCAGGUCCUCUCCAGUAUCCACAGUGUAGCUCUGGCCUGGGUGGACGGCAAAAGUGGGGCGGCACACGGCCUGAGGUCACCUAACCUUGACCCCAGGAAACUCAGCUCCCAGAGAGUCAAAGACCUGCUGAGCGUAGUAGAGUGGUUGUUGGAGUUGCCGUACAUUGAUAACAGAAGAAUUGCGCUGUAUGGAAAGGCAUUUGGUGGACUUCUGACACUGAAGAUGAUGGCAGCAGCCAACAUAUUUAAAUGUGCUGCAGUGAUGGCUCCAAUCACAGACUUCAAAAUCUACAAUGCUGCUUUCUCUGAGAGACACCUGGGUCUUCCAGCCACUCAGGAGAGCUUCUACAAGGAUGCCUCUUUGCUGGAUGAUGUGGUCAAUCUGAGGGACAAGAACUUCCUCCUUUUACAUGGAACCGCAGAUGCACAUGUCCACUUCCAGCACACUGCCGAGCUCAUAGACCGUCUGGUGUCAGCAAAGGCCAACUACUCUCUGCAGAUUUACCCUGACGAGGGCCACGUUUUGAGACGGAGCCACAGUGAUCAGCACUUCCGGCGCACCUUAACAAACUUUCUCCAGGACUGUCUGGCUCCUAUGUCCCCUCAAAAGUCUGAUGGACAGGAGGAUGACUGAGAGCUACCCUCCCAAACAUUUACAUCCAACAACAAAACACCAAAACACCAUACUUCCAUCCUUUUGACCUUGAGGAUUUUGCAUGAGGGAAAUGUGAAAAGGCCUGUAGUGUGAAGGGAAAGCAUGCUCUCAAAUGUCUCAUGUUGAGUAGAGUUUGAAUUUUUGUAUUUAAAUAGCUGACUAAACUCAACUCCAUGGUGAAGGAAGUUAAACUUCCUUGGAGUUUAGUCAUCUAGUAUUUAGCAUGACCCAUAUUGCAGAACCUGAUUAUUGCAAAAAUCCUUAAGAAUUUGUUCUUGUUUCCUAAGU